AUGAAUUUUCUUGUUCUGUUUUUUAGUUACAGCAUAUUUGUUCUGCCUUAUUCUAUUUUGGUGUAUGGAAUAUCAAAGGAUAGAAAGUGUUGUGAAUAUGGAAACUCUGUUGAUAGCAGUAAAAUACUAUAUAUAGCUGGCUCUGUAAGAAAAAGAAGAAAAACGUUUGAAAAAAAGAUAAAUGUUUCAAAUUUUGAAAGGGAAGGAAAUGCCAAUGGAUAUAAACAUAUUGACAAUAAAGGAAUAUAUGCCACGAAACAAAAUUUGGAGUUUGAUGAAGCUAGAAAUAAGGAAGCAAAUGAGAACAACAAAAAUGAUGCAACUACUGUAAAUAGAAAAAUCAUAAUUGAAAGCGAAAAUAAAAAUAAUCACAAUAAUCAAGAACAAAAUAUUAAAGAUUGUUAUACUAACGAAAAUGCACAGAAUGAUGAAAAAAAUAAAAAGGUGAAAAUACCGAAAGUUGGAAAUGCAAUGCCAGAAAAAAAACCUGACUGGUUUCAUGUCCCUGCACCAAAUGGUGAAAAAUAUAAAAAAUUAAAAUCAGAUUUAGGUAAAUUAAAACUUCAUACAGUUUGUGAAGAGGCACAAUGUCCUAAUAUUGGAGAGUGCUGGAAUAUUGGAACAGCUACUAUUAUGUUAUUAGGUGAUACAUGCACACGAGGCUGUAAAUUUUGUUCAAUAAAAACUUCAUCAAAACCACCACCCCCAGAUAUUAAUGAACCUUUUAACACAGCUAAAGCAAUUUGUGAAUGGGAUAUAAAUUAUAUUGUUAUAACUUCAGUUGAUAGAGAUGAUUUACCCGAUGGUGGUGCAGAUCAUUUUGCUAAAACUGUAGAGUUAAUAAAAUUUUCAAAGCCUAGUAUUUUGAUAGAAUGUUUAGUUUCCGAUUUCCAAGGAAAUAUAGAUUCAAUAAAAAGACUUGCAUUAAGUGGGUUAGAUGUAUAUGCACAUAACAUAGAAACUGUUAAACGUUUACAAAAGUAUGUAAGAGAUAAAAGAGCUAACUAUGAACAAUCAUUAUAUGUAUUAAAAAAAGCAAAGGAAAUUAAUCCAAACUUAUAUACUAAAACUAGUAUUAUGUUAGGAUUAGGGGAAACACAAGACGAAGUACUACAAACUAUGAAAGAUGCUAGAUCGAAUGACAUAGAUGUUAUAACAUUUGGACAAUAUUUAAGGCCAACUAAGAAUCACCUAAAUGUUGUUGAAUAUAUUUCACCGCAAAUGUUUAAUUAUUAUAAAGAUGUUGGUUUAAAAAUGGGUUUUAAGUAUAUAGCUAGUGGCCCAUUGGUUAGGUCGUCUUAUAUGGCAGGAGAAUAUUUUAUGAAAAAUAUGGUGGAAAAGGGAAGAAAUCAGAAAAAUCAACAGAUUAAACCGGUAGAAGUAACCAAAUAA